ACCAGACAUUGUGUGCGGAUCUCACUGGGCGGUAUGAGUUUGUUAUACAGAUAAAUGAGUGUUGUUAAGCUGCAGAAAUGAUUGACAGUCAACUACUAGACUGUUGAAUUCAGUGUAAGCUGAAGUGUCUCUCGCGAUAGCAGUCCUAUACAGCUGGAUAACGAACUAAUUCAACAAUAUGUUUAUAUACAGUAUCUGGAUUUAUACGUGAAAGGAUAUUAUAAUACCGGUGUGCCCAUUUUUAUGGAUAUUGUUGAUAAAUAAUUAUUUAGUGUGGAUAUUUGAACAUAAUUACAAUGAACGAGUCGAAGAGUGAAAGUACACCAAUUAAUAUGUCGAGUAUUCUGUCACCAAGCGUGGCUCAGUACCUCCAUCCGGAUUACCUACAACCCCUUCCAACAACGUUGGAUGCUAAGAAGAGUCCCUUAGCCCUGCUUGCGCAGACAUGCAGUAGUAUAGGGAAGGACCCAACUCCUUCAAAACCAAUCAUACCACCGCUUGAAAAGGAGAAAAAAGAAUCAGAAAAAUCCUCUGAUAAAAACAACCCUGGGGAUAGCAGAAAAAGUCCUAGUACUGACAGCGGGAAUGAGUCUGGAAGAGAGUCUGCUAAAAAGGCCGGAUAUAAGCAUGUUCCACCUAAAGAAAUCCCACCACUGGUUCCGAUCUCAAACUCGCCAAGUCGUAAAUCUAGUCCAGCACCAGGAACUUCCUCGGAAAGAGCCUGUGAAACUACAACAGUAACAACCUCAGUGACACGACCCGUGUCCUCAACUGGUUCGAACAAUGGUCAUAAUUCUAGUAGCACUAGGGCUACAAGUAGUACAUCCAGUGAAAAGGAAAGGGAUACUGAGCGUGAAAGAGGCGACAGAAAUAGAGACAAUUCUUCUGACGGUAAACCAAGCAGAUCUAGUCCUGACCAUUUCCAGUCUUCAACAAGCAAAAUUCCUGCGCCUAUCCACCCUGGAUUAAACGGGUUUGGCGCUGGACUACCACACCCUGGUUUAUCAUUAUAUGGACAUGCAUUUUCCCUUGAUCCAGCAUCCGUGAGUUCAGCGUACGCGUCAUCUCUCGCGGCGGCCCACUCUGGAUAUAGUGGACUUAGUGCUUCUGCAGCUGCAGCACUAGCUGCACAAAAUGCUGCCCUCUCAAAAAGUGGACUAACCCCAGGACUAUCUCCAUACGUGUCAUAUGCUCGCGUGAGGACUCCUUCUGGUGCAACCACGCUUGUACCUGUGUGUAGAGACCCUUACUGUACAAACUGCCAGUUGACUAUUCAGAACAGUCAUGUUAGUUCCACUUGUACAGCCCCUGGUUGCUCACAAUGUGCUCAUGAGAAAUCCUUACAAAGUUUGAGUGCAUUAGGAAUGACAGGUGCCUCUUCACUUUCCAUGUUGCCACAGUUUUCAAUGCAGAGUUCCCUUCCCUCGAUACCAUCAGGAUUAUCAUCUUAUCCAGGACUUACAUCAUCUUUAUACGCUCACAGCUUUCUCGGUGGCGUUUCUGGACAUAGUCCGGGCAUGCCAUAUGUGUGUAACUGGGUUUCAGGUAAUGACUAUUGUGGUAAACGUUAUUCAACAUCGGAGGAAUUGCUACAACAUCUCCGCACGCAUACAUCUAGUUCGGACUCUGCGUCAACACUAGCGAGUUACGCGGCCCUAGGUCUACCACCACCGCUCGGCUUGAGUGGGUACCCUCAUGGGCCGCUACCGGCACACGGAGGAUUGAGUCCAAAUUCUCUCCGACGGGCAUAUCCAACGAUACCGAGUCCGUUGAGCAGUGUUUUAAGCGGAAGUCGAUAUCAUCCAUACAAGUCAGCACUUCCUAGUGCUCCAACAGCCCUUCAACCUGGCCAACCUCUCUCAUCCCUAGGACCUUAUUAUUCUCCAUAUUCCUUAUAUGGUCAAAGGGUUGGCGCGGCUGCUGUCCCAUGACUAGAUCCGUUCAGACACUGAUAGACAGCGAAUGGACUAUUAAAGGUGUACAACAACAGUGCUAAAGUCUUGUAUAGACUCUAAUCUCAAAGGUGACACUUCUAGCAGUUAUUUGCGCAAUUUUGAAACUAAUAAAUACACUUUAAUUGAAACGACGGAUUGGUUCGGUGAUUUCAAAACUUGUUUGUGAAAGUGUUUGGAAAUUCACUCAAAUUUGCCAUAAAUGUUCCUUACUGCUUUUCCUUUAAUUUUCUUUAAUACACAUCUAUACGGAAGGAUUAUAAGAAAUACAGUUUUCUUUAAAAAUAUGUAUCAGAAUGAUAUUUGCUUUAAACUGUCAUCAAGUUUAUUAAUUUUCAUAUUGCAGCCAUACGAUUUAUCUGAAAAAGUAUAUAAUUUCAACAAAUGUUAUACAAAUGUAUUUUGUUUUUAUUUUUUCCAGUUUUACUGCGUUUAAAUUGUUCACUACAUGUAACAAUUGGUAGUUAUAUUUUCUGUUGAUGUGUUGAUUAUUUAUUAAAAGGUAAAUUAUA